AGAGGAAAGUGUAAGGCAGUGCAGUGUAUCUGCGCAAAAGACAGAAGGAAGGAAGAAAGCUCUGUGUGGAGACUCUAAAGUACAAUAUGAGUGAGACUGAUAGUAGCAGCAUAAUGACGUGACGAAGUGAUGCUAGAAGCAGCUGAUGUUCAUGUUGGAUGUCUCUGAAUAUGGAAGCCAUCAGUCUGAAAGCAUGCUUGCCCAGGAGCUUGUACUGAAACAACGGACAGAGAUACUCCAUGCACUGUGCAGCAGUGGGUCAGCCGAACAUCUGGAAAGGGUUUUGGAUAUAUUGCUGGCCCAGGGGGAGCUUAUAUGGGAAGACUACCAGAACAUACAAGUACCGGGUAGAACACUGUAUACCAAUGCCAGACAGUUGCUCAACCUGGUUUACACAAAGGGUGUGGCUACCUGUGAGCUCUUCCUUACUGCUCUCAAACAGGUUCUGCCUGAAGGGCACCAAGCUGCACUCUCCUUCUCGGGAUGCUGUUUAAAUCUAGAAAAAAAAGAAGAAUCUCAGAACACAUCUACUGAGAGUCUUCUGACUCGUAGACCGAGCCUUGUCAACAGGCUAAAAGGCUGCAUUGACGGUGCUCUCGAGGCUCUGGUUGUAUCUGGACACUUCACUUCAGAAGACUGCAAUGAAGUGCGGCUUCCUGUACACACCCCCUCUCAGCAGGCAAGGCGUCUGCUUGACCAUGUCCGAUCAAAAGGCGAGUCAGCGGCAAAGGUGGUCCUGUAUUACAUUCAGCAAAAGCAUGAAUCUGGAUCCCCACUGAACCAGGAGAAAUUAACUCCCCCAAAAGAGUUCUUAAAGUAUCAGAAGAAGCUGAGCAGUUCUGUGUCUGCCCAGUCCUGCUUUCUCAGUACUUAUGGAGGGACUGGCCACAUGUCCUUGGAUGACAUCUACACUGAAGGCGAGCUGGAACUAGCUCAUGACAGUGCUAACGUCCAUGGACCUUUGGGCCUGGAGGACAUAGUUGGUACAGCGGGGACAGUGAACAAGGAGGCUGACACAGUGCUAGUAUCUGGGGAGGCGGGCAGUGGAAAGAGCACCCUACUCCAGAGGCUGCACUUGCUUUGGGCUCGGGGGGCAGCCCUCCAGGACUUUCUGUUUCUGUUUCCAUUCAGCUGUCGCAGGCUGAACUCAGAGCACAGGGAACUGUCUUGCCAAGAGUUGCUGUUUCAGCACUGCUGCUGGCCAGAUAGGCAGCAGGAAGAGAUCUUCCAGUUCAUCGUGGACCACCCACAUCUCAUCCUCUUCACUUUUGAUGGUCUGGAUGAGCUCAGGCAGAGCUUUUCAGAUGAGCACAGGCUCUGCUGCCCCACCCAGCGCGCACCUGUUCACAUACUAUUGUUCAACUUAAUCCAAGGUUGCCUAAUGAAGGGGGUGUGGAAAGUGGUAACUAGUCGUCCAGAGGCAGUGGGGCCUUUGUUGAAGAAACACCUUCGCAAAGAGGUUCUCCUGAAAGGUUUUUCCCCAAGUGGGAUUGACUGUUUUGUGAGGAAGCAUCACACUGACCCCACUGUGGCUGUUAAGGUUUUGGAGUCACUACAGACAAACACAGCUUUACUUGGGCUGUGCCAUAGUCCAGUCCUCUGUUGGAUUGUCUCACAGUGCCAUAAGGAGCUGCUGGGCUGUGGAGAGGGCAGUCUACAAACAAUCACAGAUGUUUACCUGAUGAUCUUACAGCACUUUUUACAACACCAAAGCAUCCCAAAGAGCACUAUGGGGUUAGGUUGGCUUCAGGAGCACCUAAAAACAGUCUUGCGUCUAGGCAAGCUUGCCAUUGAGGGGAUAGGAACCACCUGUUAUAUCUUCUCAUGUACAGACCUGGAGACAUGUGGUGUAACUGAGAAGGAUAUCAGCAUGGGCUUUCUCAUUCAAAGCAAAGAUAUGUCCUCCACCCACAGUAAAUGUUAUGAAUUCCUUCAUGUGACCAUGCAGUGUUUCUUUGCUGCUUUGUACAUCAUUUUGUCGAGUAACACUGAACGUUCAACUAUCCUUAAAAUCUUUGAGCUGCAGGACAUGAGAGAGACAGGUCUGAGCAGCAAUUGCUUCAGGUCCUGCUUGCCCACCACUGACCGACGAGAGCAGGUUCUACGGGGGGAAGUUAAAGCAGCUGAAACACCAAAUCUGCAAAUCACUGCCACCUUCAUGUCUGGACUACUGUCCCAGCGCCAUCGCAGCCUGUGGCUCCACUGCUGCCCCAGUGCUAUGAUGGAAAAGAAGGUCAAACAGGUUUCGAGAUGCCUGUCCAAAGGCAUGCAGAAACACUUUAAGUCUAUCCCUCAACCUGUAGCAGGCGAGAAAAAGAGCAUGCAUGCAAUGCCAGGCUUUGUCUGGCUUAUCAAAUGCAUCUAUGAGAUGCAGGAGAGCACAACUGCUCAAGAUGCUAUCAGUAAGCUAGAAGUGGACCACCUGAAACUCACCUACUGUAACAUAGGUCCUGUAGAGUGCACUGCAUUAGCAUAUGUGCUCCAGCAUCUAAGAAGCCCUGUAGGCAUCCAGCUGGACAACAACUCUGUAGGCGAUGUUGGAGUGGAGCAGCUUCUUCCCUGCCUGCACAUUUGUGAUUCCCUGUACCUCAGAAAUAACAACAUUACAGAUGAGGGCAUCCGCAAACUGAUUGCUAAAGGUAUCCAGUGUGACAACUUCCGGAAAAUUGCGCUCUUCAACAACAAGCUAACUGAUGCUUGCACACAGCACUUUUCUCAUCUUCUGAAGACCAGGCAAGAUUUCCUCUCUCUAAGGCUAGGCAACAAUAAUAUAACAGCAGAAGGAGCAAAGCAGCUGGCAGAGGGACUGAAAUCCAACCAUUCAAUGCAGCAUUUAGGGCUUUGGGGCAAUAAGAUAGGUGAUGCAGGAGCAGAGGCCCUGGCCAGUGCACUAGAGAACAGCAAAUCUCUGUUGUGGCUAAGCCUGGUAGGUAAUGGUGUCGGGAGUGCAGGAGCAUGUGCCCUCGCCAACAUUAUCAAGAACAGCACGUCACUGGAAGAGCUUUGGUUGACAGAGAACUGCAUAACCAGAACAGGAGUGGAAUGUCUGAUUCAAGCCCUAGAACACAAUACUCAUGUGAAAUCAGUAUGGUUGAGAAACAAUGAGCUCAGUUUGGAGGAGGAAGAGGAGAUGAAACAACGUGAAUCAAGACUGAUCUUCUGAUUUUGUAUUAAGCUGA